AUGUCCAAGCGCAAGACCGUGUGCAUGGCGCCUGCGUCAUCUGGAAACAUCAAAGUAUGUGUGCGCUUGCGGCCUUUCAUCUCACGGGAGGAGGGCGAAAGAUGUUGUGUCUUGAUGCCCAAUGACACGCAAGUGCUGCUCGAUGACGGUCAAGACAUGUCAACAUCAGUGCGAAGCUUCGACUAUGAUAGGGCUUACUGGUCGUUCGAUGACACGAACCCCAGAUGUGCUACGCAACAGACUUUGAUGGAUGAGCUUGGUGAAGCUAUGUUGGACAACGCUUUGGAUGGAUUCAACAACUGCCUUUGUGCAUACGGCCAGACUGGCUCUGGCAAAACCUUUUCUGUUCUCGGUGCAGACGAUCCUCCAGAGAGCAGAGGGCUCUUACCGCGUAUUUUGCAAGAGCUUUUCAGCCGCCUUGAGCACAUCGACACCCAAGCCGAGCAAGUGCAGUGCCACGUGUCGUACCUCGAAAUCUACAACGAGCAGAUUCGAGAUUUGCUCCUUCCCAUGAAUGAGAAGCCUGCGAAGCUCACAGUCAGACAUCAUCCAACCCUGGGAAUCUACGUCGCAGGUCUCACGACGAACGCUGUUUCCAGCUACCAAGAGGUCCAAAGCAUUUUGGAUUUUGGUACCAAAGCAAGGAGCGUGGCCUCCACCAACAUGAACUCUGCCUCGUCACGCUCGCAUUGCAUCUUUACUUUCAACCUACUGAAGUCUGGAGGUGGACGGGAACAGCGUGCCAGUGUCAAUCUGGUGGAUCUUGCAGGUUCGGAAAGGCAAAAGAAGACAGGGACUUCAGGCAGCCAGCUGAAGGAAGGAGCGAUGAUAAAUCAGUCGCUGUCCAACUUGGCCUUGGUCAUCAACAAGUUGGCAAGCUUCGAUGAUGGAAAAACGGAUUUCGUGCCAUUUCGGAAUUCAAAGCUCACCUACAUCCUGCAGGAAUCCUUGAGUGGCAAUUCCAAGACUGUCCUCAUUGCUGCUCUUUCUCCAGCAUUUUCGAACUUGGAAGAGACUCUAGGAACCUUGAAAUUUGCCCAGACUUGCAAGAAGGUGGCGACCAAAGCGGUGCGCAACGAGGCAAAUAGCGGAAGCAUUGUGGAGGAUCUCACUGCGGAGAUCACCAGGCUCAAAGAACAACUGAAAGCAUCACAGGCGACACCAGAGAACAGCAAACUACAGCAGCAACUUCAAGAUACGGAGCAGCUCUUGGCCCAGAUGGAGCAGGACUACCAGGUGCAGUUGGCAGAGGCCAAGAAACUGGAAGAGUCGCGCAAGAAGGCCUUGGGCGACUUGGGUUUGGACCUGGCAGAGAUUUCUGGAGCAGUUGGUAUGGACUUGAAUGUUCCUCAACUGGUGAACCUGUCUGAUGAUGCAUCCCUACGAGGAUGCUUGGUCUACUUUCUUCCAGCAAACGUGGAAACUACAAUUGGCUCUGACAAGGAUUGCAAAAUUGUUCUCAGCGGGCUGGGCAUCCAACCCUUCAUGUGCUCUCUCCGGAACGAGGAAAACAGCCGCGUAAGCCUUCAGCUCCUGAACUCGGAGGGCCAGCCCUUGUCGGAACCUCCAUCGGCGGUUCCUUUGAGAUCUGGUGGAACCAGUGGAAGACUGCUGAUAAAUGGCAAGACCCCCAAGACCACAAGCUUGAUCUUGGAGCAUCAGGACAGGCUCACCUUGGGCCAUGCUGUGACUCUUCGGCUGAGCCUUCCCACCGGAAAGUCCCUCGAACGCCAGGGCACCGUGGCCAAGAUGGAAGAAGACUUGUUCGACAUUCUGCAGGAUGAGGAGAGCUUCAGUGAUGCUCGGGGCCUGAUGCAGUCCAUGCUGGACAUCAUCGGGAAAGACCACACCGCGGCACUGCUGAAGACCUGUGGUGAAGUGCUUCCGUUGGUGGAGGAGGGAAAUCUGAUCACCUCAGAGGUUCGUCCUGAAGAUGAUCUUCAGUUCCGUAUGGAAGUUGGGCUGGAGCUGGUCUAUUCGUCUCAAGCCGAGCCAGAGGUUCUGAUUGGCUUGUACAAGAAAGAUGACUGGAAAGACGAGAAGGAUGGUGUGUGGGAAGCAUUGUUCUUCUAUGACAUUGACGACUUCAAAAGUCGCCUGACCUACAUGCGCCAAGUCUAUCAGGACUGCAGCCUCGGCAUUUUCCCUGACUUCAAAGGGAUGGGAGAUGAUCCUUGGAUGGUCUACAGUCAUGACCAGAUCCAAGACAUCCUGCUUCAUGCUUGCACGGCCAGAGAUGAGGAGGUCUUCAAGCGAGAGAAGGUGGAACAACUAGUUAAAGACCUUCAAGACGACAAUGCGAAGCUGACAGAGGAGCUGGAAAGGCGUCGAAAAGAGCAGACAGAAAUGGAGAAGGAUAUCCAGCUUCAGACAGAGAGAGUCGAAGUGGCGGCAAAGGCACGGAUUGAAGACUUGCAGAAGCAGCUAGCAGAGUUGCACGCAGCAGAAGCAGCCAAAGAUGAGCUGCAGAAGGACCUUGAUCGGUCAAGGUUGGAGGAGUCAACAACCCGACAAAUGCACGAGGACAUGCAGAAACAACUUGCAGAGCGUGAGAGAAAGCUUCAAGACGACAAUGCAAAGCUGACAGAGGAGCUGGAAAGGCGUCGAAAAGAGCAGACAGAAAUGGAGAAGGACAUCCAGCUUCAGACAGAGAGAGUCGAAGUGGCGGCAAAGGCACGGAUUGAAGACUUGCAGAAGCAGCUAGCAGAGUUGCACGCAGCAGAAGCAGCCAAAGAUGAGCUGCAGAAGGACCUUGAGCGGUCAAGGUUGGAGGAGUCAGCAAUUCGAAAACAGCACGAAGACCUGCAGAAACAGCUUGCUGAGCGUGAGAGACAUUUUGAGGAGCGCCUUCGCACCAGCCAGCUUGAGCGGGACCAGCUGCGGAGUGAGCUUGACACCAUGAAGCGUACAGCUGCUGCCGAAGCUGCGGACUGGCAAGCAGAGCGACAGAAAUUGCAAGCACAAAUUGCCCGACAGCUGGGACAGGAGCAGACGGAGCAUGCUGCAUCAGCUGAUGACCAGCCCACGGGAUUCUUGGGGUCCUUGCAAAGUCUAAUGUGCACUGCCAGGCCUGGGCGCACCAGUCCCCAUGCUCUGAGGUUGGAAGGUCUCUGA